GCGCUGGAGGCGCCGCCGACUCGCCACAGUGUAGCGCAGCGCGGGGAGGGGGUGGCUCGCGGCCUCUGGGUUGUUCUCGGCGCCGGCGCCGGCGCCGGCGCAGCAGCAGCAGCAGCAGAGAGGGAGCCCGGCGCAGGCAUGGGGGCGCAGCUCAGCACGCUUGGAGGGAUUGUGACAUACCCAUUAUGGCUAGUCUACAGCUUGAUCAUGAGACUCUUCAGGAAACCCCCUCCUGCAAUUACCCUGGAGGACCCUGAAGUGAAAUACCCAUUGAGGCUGAUUGACAAAGAGGAAAUUAGCCAUGACACGAGAAGAUUUCGCUUUGCCCUUCCAACUCGAGAGCACAUUCUAGGUCUCCCUGUUGGACAGCAUAUUUAUCUUUCUGCACGGAUUAAUGGAAAUCUGGUUGUCAGACCCUACACACCAGUCUCCAGCGAUGACGACAAAGGCUAUGUGGAUCUUGUUAUCAAGAUUUAUUUUAAAGGGGUCCAUCCAAAGUUCCCUGAUGGAGGAAAGAUGUCUCAGAAUUUAGACAGCCUGAAAUUAGGGGAUACCAUUGACUUCAGAGGUCCCAGUGGAUUACUUGUCUACAAGGGAAGAGGCACGUUUGCUAUUCGCGCUGAGAAGAAAUCUGAACCUGUUCUUAAAACAGUGAAAUAUGUUGGGAUGAUUGCAGGUGGAACUGGCAUAACUCCUAUGCUGCAGCUCAUUCGUGCCAUCAUGAAGGACAAAGAUGAUCCCACCAUUUGUCAGCUGCUGUUUGCUAAUCAGACUGAGAAAGAUAUCCUGUUACGAUCAGAACUGGAGGAAGUUCAGGUUCAGCAUCCAGACCGCUUUAAGCUUUGGUACACGUUGGACAGAGCACCUGAGAAUUGGGAUUAUAGCCAGGGAUUUGUGAGUGAAGACAUGCUCAGAGAACACAUGCCCCCUCCUCAAGAUGACGUUCUGAUCCUCAUGUGUGGUCCUCCUCCAAUGAUCCAGUAUGCUUGCUUACCCAACCUGGAAAAACUGGGAUACACCAAGGACAUGAGAUUCUCCUACUAAAGAAGAUUUAGCUGUGCUGUAGUGCAGAAAGGAAGCUGAUGUAAGGAAAAGCAUCUAGUUAACAGGGAACAACACAAAGUACACACAGGUGGCUGGUGUACAAUGCUGGGAAGCUACAUUUUAGAUUAUAAUCACUUAGAUUUCUUAAUGCAGUUCAAAAUUUGGCACAACACUAAAAACAAAUAAUUUAACCAGGUUGCAGGUACGUAGUGAUAUAUGAUGCUUGGCUGUGCUUUCCUUAGCACAUUCUUCAGAAAGACUGAUUAUUGACUACAAUUUAGUGUCAAUUUUCAGCACCAAAGCGUAAUUUUUAGGGGAAUGAAGAGGACUGUUACAUUACUUACACUGUAAUCCCAGUGCUAACUAGUUACUUCCCAACACUGUGUAUAUUGGAUAUUAUUCUUGGUAUGAACUAUGGCCAUGUAUAGGAAGUACACCUUUAUUGAACUUACUAAUCACAAAGCUUUUACAGCAGGCAUAUCAACAAUGGCUGUCUCUUACACCGUCACCUGGCAAAGGUGAAAGGUUCAGGAUGGCCUUUCAUUGAAAUCUGGUGGUUUACUGGUUAUGAGAGAUAUGGUGUAAGAUGUCACUUCAACAUAAAUACACAUACCAGGAACAUAAUUUCCAGUUGUAUUUUGGACUGACCUUGCUUAAAGCAAAUCUUUUCCAGCUGAUCACCUUUACUAGCCAUUCCCCUCCCAAGAACCUGAGAUUAAUUCUUGAAGGCAGGGGCUUUUGAAUGUUGAAGCAGUUAUUUUUAAAGAGCUGAAGGUGCUAGACUAGUGGGGUGUGUUCCCUCUGUAGAAAACUGUAGAUUUGAUGACUCUUCAGAACUGUUCAUGCUAGGAUUUCACUUGCAGAUCUCUAGGUGUACUAAAAUCCUAUUAGCAAAAACUACUCAAUUUAGUCUUUCUGUGAUAAAUUACUAAGGGGAGCAGGGUCAUCUACCCUGCAUGCAGUGCUCAAGCAAAACUCCAUUGAGAAUUUUGUCCAAAAAGGAUGUGUAGAAUUGAAUUUGUUUGACAGCAGCUUCAUCUGUCUAGCCAAAUCCAAAAGUGCUGGACUGAUUGCAGUUGGGUCUUAAACAGCUUGUACCUCAUCUAUGGAUGUUUCCAUACAGAAUUUUCUACUUCCCAGCAGCAAUCCUACCUGUAAGCUGUCAAACUAUAAAAUCUUGUUCGAGUUGCUAAAACUGUUGGCUGAAAGAGUAAGUAAUGUUGAUACAAAGAUACAUAUUACUAUGAGGUUAUAGUAAUUUGCAGGACCUUCUCUUGUGCCUAUGUAGAGCCUGGUAUUUUGCACUUAACAGGUGGAAAAGAUACUAUUAUUCACUCUAGGUUCCUUUUGCAGCAAGGCUACUAAAUGAGGUUAAAUGUAUUCUGGGAGAUCUUAUCAAUGUGUGCUUCUUACAGUCUGAAACUUGGGCUUUGGUAGAACAGUACAACUGAGGUGUUCCUGCUACUAAUUUAAAUCUGUCUUUGUAGCAGGCAAUAUGUUCAAGUUUAAAGUGAAGCAUUGGUGUUGCUUGUAUCUGUAGGGGACAAACACACCCAAAGAUUUUUUUCUUGUAUUAAGACUUUUGAUCAACUCUAUAGCUGGUUAAUUACAAGCUGUUUUGUAUUAUCAUGCAUAUUCACUUACUGGCUUUUUCAAAAUGUUUGUGCAAGAAAUAAAAUAUUUUGCUGAUUGUCA